UUCAACUACACAUACCAUACACCGCACAUACAACUCGCGGUCUCCCAUACCCUUCAACCUCUUCAAAGAGCUGAAUACACUCCCUACAUCAGCUUGUCGAAAACCCUCGCAUUAGUAGUGAUACCCUUCGAACAGACAAUCUCUCAACCCUCAUCGCGAUAUUCGCUACCUUCCUCUCUCAUAAUUGUCAAGAUAUCCUCCAUCGCAACACACAUCUCAACUAGGAAUCUAGAGGCUUAUCAGACGAUCCAUCACACCUUUACAAGUGCCAUUACGAUGCAUGUAACGAUUGAGGCAGCGGACCAACAAGCGCAACGUUCGCUAUCGCCACGGGAAUUCACACCUCAACCGGUGGUCGAACGCAUCAUCCCGUCUUCAUCGUGUUGUUAUUGCUCGAACAAACAGAUAAAUCGUGGCCAUACGGUCGAUGUGACAAGAAGGUCUGAACAGGCUAUAGUCAAUACCCAGGAAUCUAUAACCAUGAUGCGAAGUCGAGAAUUGGAAACGAGACCACCACGAACUCAACCGAAGAGGAUGUUGGGAAAUCCAGUCCGGAUCACGAAGCACCAUCACCUCAACAAUUCAGCUACUCACCAAAAACUACCCGUUGAUGCUCUUGCCGUCUCAACUCCAGAAAUCUCGCGGAAUAACUCGACGCUUGAGACUGCUUUCAUCGUGGCCGGCAUGAGCUACCUCCUCCUUACAUCUGUGAACGCGGCUCCGACUCCGCAGGCCGAGCAAGGCAGUCCUCUGCAACAUGAGCCAACCCUACUCGAGCAGACGGAACCCUCCCUACCGGAGUGGGCCAGCUUCACAUGGUCGAGCGUGGACACUUUCACCACAACUCCGCGGACAUUCGGCGAUCCUGUAGCGACCAGUAGUAUCAGCAUCGCCAACUUUGGUUCUGGUACGGUUUAUGGACCUGCUCCUGUUGCCAUGACCCAGGACGCAAUCGCCAUGACGACCGGGCUGGUGACGCCGCCAGCUAUCGAGCUAAACACGGUACUGGAUCCAACUCCGAGCGACAUUUCAGUCACGUCCCGAGUAUCGCUCGCCAUGACAACCGAAGUGAACACUCCGUCUUCUAUCGAGCUAAACACCGCGAUGCAAUCCGCUUCGAGCGAUAUCCCGACUAUCAUUCCGGCCACGGCGACCCCUACAACCACGUUCAACCCGCUUCACUUGAUCCUUCCGGCAGGGCUGCUCGUUAUCGGUGCCGGCCUGUGGCUAUUCUUUCGAAUCAGAAGGAACAAGCGAAGGCGGCAAGGGGUCCCUCCUCUCUCACCAAGCAUGUCUUAUAAGCCUUGCGAUGGAAACGACCGAUCAUACGUCGGGUCUACGGAUUGCAAUCCGCUUGGUGGACUUCAAGCUUUAGAUCAACCUUACUCUCUAAGAUAUAAAUGGCAAGACACCUGCUCUUCCCACACGGGCCGUUCGGAUCGAUCGGAGGGUUCCACUCCAAGUGCUACUCUCGAUCAUCCCAUGCAAGCUUAUGCUCGGCUCUCAGGGGAGCAUUGUCGGUUCCUGCGGCGAUCGGAUUCUGUCAAGCCACCCAAAAUCAUCAUCCAAGCUCCCACGCCGGACAGCACCUGGAAGCGCAUUCGUUUCACUCAAAACGAAGAACCCACUUCACCAAAGAAACGCUCGUCCCCGUGGAAGCGCUUUCUCAAGAGAAGCAAGGACUCAGUCGAGCCUCGAGUGGACGAUGGCGAGUCUUUCUUGGCGGGGAAACCGUACGGCUCGAUGGGACAUUCCGAAACAGGAGCCUCUCCCAGGUUCCUCACUCGGCCCACCGUGGAUGAAACCCGGUCGAUCGUCAGUCAAUCCGAUGACAUUCCCCGCUUGACCUACACCGUCACGUCAGAACCUCCGAUCGACUUGACGAUCUCAUCGGAUGACACCUCUCACGGCAGCGGCUCGUCUCCUGAGCCCGCUGGAAGUCCCGUGUUGAGCGCUCUUAGCCAAUAUAGUACGGUUUCCACCUUAAUCCCAUCGUAUUACUACAGCCCGCUCGCAGCCACAAUAGUGAGGGCAGGGAAACAGCGUCCGGGCACAGAAGCAACGAUGUCACCCUUGAUGGAACAAGAUGUCGCUACCGUCGCGCCUCUUACAUCUGUCUUGGACGGCCUCAGCUCCGUCCCCUUGAUCAGUCGUCCUGGAAACCAGAGACAUAUUUCAAACGAGUCCUUCGUCUCCGUAGGCUUACUCGAGGGGUUCGCCGACCAGGAGUCUCCACCCAUCGAGGCUAGUGGUCUACGCAUCGUGACAGAGACGCCAUCCCCGCCUGUCUGCAUCACCGCAUCGACCAUCACUCAGGAGGGGUCAUCAUACUUUACGAUCAAACCUUCGCAGGCCCCCAGUACUCCUACGCAAAUCCCUAGAGACGAAGCAAGGCUCGCGUCCCCUCGAAAGACGAUGAGAGGUCCGCGCCUCUUGAUCCGCAAGAACCCCGAUCGAAAGGAGAUCGAAUACGUCUCCCCGAGCAUUGAAGUGACUCCUCAGACCGCUAUCCCCGAAGAAGGAUCCCGACGAUCGCGAAAAAAGAAGCAUGGCGGUCAUCAUCGCUCGAUCAGGACACCUACCGGAGGUCGUCCAGCACCAUCGCAUGUCAAGCGUCACUCUACUGCGCACCUUUCGGACAUCUUCGCACUGCCGGAUGGUGCAAAGCAGACCGGUGACGAGACUGGUCCCGCACCGACCCUCGAACAAGAGGCGGACAGGCGACCCUUAUAGGGAUUUGAUUCUGUUACACAUCCACGUGGCUGCAUUGUCUCUCAAAAGACCUCUUACUCAUAAAACGACGACGAGAAUUUUGUGUCGAGAGAGCCCCUUGUAUUCGCGGAUAUCGGUUUAAUCACGUCGCGGUAUA